GCUGUCUGCUGCUCCCCCCUCUCUGGGUCUCUAUUUGUCGAAAAAUCAGAUCAUAAUCUACUAAUAUAAAAUCCGUUCACGCUUUGGGUUGGAUCCCCCGUCUCUUCUGCCAUUAUCUCGCGCGCCAAUCCCUAACGUCGCCGGCGAUUAUGAUGCGGCCCACCGUCCGAUCACUAACUCUGUUCUCCUUCCUCGCCGCUUUCCUCGUCGUCUCGCCGGCGCUUGCUUCCGAGUCCGAUCACAAGUAUCAACCAGAUGACCCAGUUACUCUGUGGGUAAACAAAGUUGGGCCGUAUAAUAACCCACAGGAAACAUACAACUAUUACAGCCUUCCAUUCUGUCAUGCUUCUGGUUCUCACAAGUGGGGUGGCCUUGGUGAAGUUUUGGGUGGAAACGAGCUUAUUGAUAGUCAGAUUGACAUAAGGUUUCAAAAAAACGUGGACAAGGGUAGCAUUUGUGAGCUUGAACUUGAUGAAGCGAAGGUCAAGCAAUUCAAAGAUGCUAUUGAAAACAAUUAUUGGUUUGAAUUCUUCAUUGAUGACCUGCCAUUGUGGGGUUUUGUUGGAGAGCAACAUCCUGACAGAAACAGUGAUAAUAAGCACGUACUUUACACACAUAAGAACAUCCAUAUUAGAUUCAAUAAGGACCAGAUCAUUCAUGUCAAUAUUUCUCAAGAGGGCCCAAAGCCUUUGGAGGCUGGGAGAACAUUGGACAUGACAUAUUCUGUCAAAUGGGAACCAACCAAUAUCAGUUUUGCUCGUCGUUUUGAAGUUUACUUGGAUUACCCAUUUUUUGAACAUCAGAUUCAUUGGUUCUCCAUCUUUAACUCCUUCAUGAUGGUCAUCUUUCUUACUGGUCUGGUGUCUAUGAUAUUGAUGCGGACACUGAGGAAUGAUUACGCCAAAUAUGCUAGGGAAGAUGAUGACUUGGAGACUCUGGAAAGAGAUGUGAGUGAAGAGUCUGGUUGGAAACUUGUUCAUGGAGAUGUAUUUCGGACUCCUCGUACCCUAGUGUUACUUUCUGCUCUUGUUGGUACUGGGGCACAGUUGGCAUUGCUUGUUCUCCUUGUCAUUCUGUUGGCAAUUGUGGGGAUGUUGUAUGUUGGGAGAGGAGCCAUUGUUACGACUUUCAUAGUAUGUUAUGCUUUGACAUCAUUCAUUUCGGGCUAUGUUAGUGGUGCAAUGUACUCGCGAAAUGGUGGGAAAAGCUGGAUCAAGUCGAUGAUUCUGACCGCUUCACUCUUUCCAUUUUUGUGCUUUGGAAUUGGUUUCAUUCUGAACACAAUUGCCAUAUUUUAUGGUUCUCUAGCAGCCAUUCCUUUUGGCACAAUGGUAGUUGUCUUCGUUAUCUGGGCAUUCAUUUCCUUCCCCCUGGCUCUUCUGGGUACAGUCGUUGGAAGAAACUGGAGUGGUGCUCCAAACAAUCCAUGCCGUGUCAAGACCAUUCCUCGCCCUAUACCUGUGAAAAAGUGGUACUUGACGCCAUCCGUAAUCUCCUUGAUGGGGGGUUUGCUACCAUUUGGCAGCAUAUUUAUUGAGAUGUAUUUCGUCUUCACAUCCUUCUGGAAUUACAAGGUGUACUAUGUUUACGGGUUUAUGCUUUUGGUAUUCCUGAUUCUCAUUGUUGUUACUGUCUGUGUGACCAUUGUGGGCACAUAUUUCCUGUUAAAUGCUGAGAAUUAUCAUUGGCAAUGGACUUCAUUUUUCUCAGCCGCCUCUACAGCUGUCUAUGUCUACCUAUACUCAGUAUAUUACUACUACGUGAAGACUAAGAUGUCAGGGUUCUUUCAGACCAGUUUCUACUUUGGAUACACACUGAUGUUUUGUCUCGGCUUAGGAAUUCUCUGCGGUGCUGUUGGAUUUUUGGGCUCACAUCUGUUUGUGAGGAGGAUCUAUAGAAACAUCAAAUGCGACUAAUCUUUUGACAAGGAGUAGGACUGACACUGCUCCUCCAUUUGCUUAGUUUCUGGCAGUAAGGUCGAGAAAAACCUCAAGAACCAUGUAUCUUUGUGGGAUUCGAUUCGGUUUAAUGAUGGUAGGUACCUCCUCUGCUUGUAUUCUGGGGAGCCCUGAAAAUUUUCCCCAUUCCUUGGGCUGUAAAAGUAAUCUCCUAUUUUCGUUUGUACUUAAAUUAGAAUGAAGAGACUUCAAAUGAUUCAAGGCUAGAAUUGUAAGAGUUUCAGCUGUCACGUAGUUAUUGUAUCUCCAUUACUAUACGACUCGGAUGCACUCAAAGCACUGCCAUUUAAUUUUUUGUUGAUUCUCGUGCAGUUACGAAUGAGAUCCAGGUCAGUUUUUGUCCUUGGUGAACAAUUUAGCGAAAACCACUUCGAUAUAAACAUUGCAUUAUUUA